AUGCUAAAGUUAUAUGAAUGUGAAGGUGACACGCCCAGAGAGUUGUUGGAAAAGCUGCUAAAACGGCUAGCCGAUCCAGACAAUUCAAUUUUGUGGCUAUUUGCCAGAAAUUCUGAUUAUGACAAAAAAGUCUACGACAAAAUGGAGAAGAUGGUAAUUGAAAACGUGCAAAUUCUUCGGUUCUUGGUUGCAUUUGGUGCCGGCUUACUUCAUGACAACGAGACGGCACAACUCGAGUUUGAAGACUGUAACUUGAUCGUUACUGAGAUAUAUAACGCUUUGUUGAGAGCUCGUCAAGAAGGCUUAAACAAACUGUUUUGGCCAGAUAGUGUGAGAAAGAUGGCACGUGCUGAAAUUGACAAAGACGGCUUCAAUGCAGAUAUUGUAUAUCGAAUUUUUAAACAAUUUAAGCUACAAUUCCCUUUAUCUGAAAAAGUUUUUGUUGCUGUGUUUGAUGGAAUAUUGAAUCACGAAAAGUAUUUCAUAAGUGAUCAAGACGAAUCAGCCAUAUUUGAGCUGAGGUAA